AUGAGGUCUUCCUUGGCUCCUGGUGUCUAUUUCCUCCGCGCCUUCUCCAGGGACAGCUGGUUCCGAGGUUUCAUCCUGCUGAUCACCUUCUUUGUCUAUACCUGUUAUCACAUGUCCAGGAAGCCCAUCAGUAUUGUCAAGAGCCGCCUGCACCAGAACUGCUCACAGCAGAUCGACCCCAUCAACAGCACCCACAGCUCCAAUGACACCACGUGGUGUAGCUGGGCUCCCUUUGACCAGAGCAACUACAAGGAGUUGCUGGGGGGCGUGGACAAUGCCUUCCUCGUGGCUUACGCCAUCGGCAUGUUCAUCAGUGGGAUUUUUGGGGAGCGGCUCCCCCUCCGUUACUACCUUUCAGCCGGAAUGCUGCUCAGUGGCCUUUUCACCUCCCUCCUUGGUCUGGCCUAUUUCUGGAACAUCCACAUGCUUUGGUACUUCGUGCUCAUCCAGAUCUGCAAUGGACUUGCGCAGACCACAGGCUGGCCCUCGGUGGUGACCUGCGUUGGCAACUGGUUUGGGAAGGGGAAACGGGGUCUCAUCAUGGGCAUCUGGAAUUCCCACACCUCGGUGGGCAACAUCCUGGGCUCCCUGAUCGCGGGCAUCUGGGUGAACGGGCCGUGGGGCCUGUCAUUCGUGGUGCCUGGCAUCAUCACCGCCACCAUGGGGGUCAUCACCUUCUUCUUCCUCAUUGAGUACCCAGAAGAUGUGGACUGCACCCCUCCUCAGCACCACGGCGGCCCAGAAGAGAGCCAGGACAACCUCGAGGAGCCUGGGACUGGGCACUCCAGGGACAGCAACAUGGAGACGACAGCCGGAUGCUCCAAGGAGCCAACGCCAGAGCCUGCUGCCAUCAGCUUCUUGGGGGCGCUCCAGAUCCCAGGUGUGGUGGAGUUCUCUUUGUGUCUGCUCUUUGCCAAGCUGGUUAGCUACACCUUCCUGUACUGGCUGCCACUCUACAUCUUCAAUGUGGCUCACUUCAGUGCCAAGGAAGCUGGAAACCUGUCCACCCUCUUUGAUGUUGGUGGCAUCAUAGGUGGCAUCAUGGCCGGGCUCAUCUCUGACUACAGCAAUGGCAGGGCCACCACCUGCUGCAUCAUGCUGAUCUUGGCAGCCCCCAUGAUGUUCCUGUACAACUACAUUGGCCAGAACGGGAUUGUCAGCUCCAUCGCGAUGCUGAUCGUCUGUGGGGCCCUGGUCAACGGCCCUUACGCACUCAUCACCACUGCCGUCUCAGCUGACCUGGGGACUCAUGAGAGCCUGAAGGGCAACGCCAAGGCGCUUUCCACGGUCACGGCCAUCAUCGACGGCACUGGUUCCGUAGGCGCUGCCCUGGGGCCCCUGCUGGCAGGACUCAUUUCUCCCACCGGCUGGAACAAUGUCUUCUACAUGCUCAUCUCUGCCGACAUCCUGGCCUGCUUGUUCCUCUGCCGGUUGGUGUACAAGGAGAUCUGGGCCUGGAAGACAUCCCUGAGCAGAAACAGAGGGUAUAAAGAAAUAUGAGCCCCUGAUUGGAAGAGAAGCAAGGAGGACCGGCAGCACCCUGGGUCCCAAAGUGCUCCCCCAGGGCACAAAAAUGGAAGCUGCUACAGAAUGGACAGUUGUUUCAAAGCCUCUUAAAGAACAGGAUCGGCCCAACCUAGCCCACAGGCUAAGGAACCAGGACAUUCUCCAUGGGAAGGGACUGCCCAGUGGAACUUCUAGAAACCUUAGGGCGUGAGUUUGGAAAGGACCCGCUGAAGGAUUGGGGGUCAGAACUGAGUGGUGCCUCCAUCUCACUGAAGGAAGGAGAUGCUUGGGCUCUUGCUUGUUCAGAAUCUAAGUCCCAGGGCAGAGGCUCCGCAGGGGCAAGGCCUGCAAAAGGUUCGUGUGUCCUUCCUGUGUUCAUGUUAACCUCUGUAAUCAGACUGUGCCUAUAGAUGUUAUUUCAACGCUGAUCUGCUUCUCUUUGUCCCUUUGUCUGCGAACUCAGUCUUCCCUGUAUAUCACCCCAACCUGGACCCCCUGCU